AUGUCAUAUAUAACCAAUGGUAAUGAUGAUUCAUUACCUAAGCGAGUGAAAUCUCAAUGUCUACUCUUACGUGCUGAUAUUGAUGAAUUUGAAAAGAAUAAGAAAACAAUAGGAACAACAAAUAAUCGUUUUUCAAAUGAAAAUACACUCAAAAUAUUCGAUUCUGUACGAUCAUCAAUGAUUAAAACAACAAGAAAAGAUUUAAUAACAAAUGAACAUAAUGUUCAAUUAAAAUUUUAUCAAACGAUUGUUAAUGAACUUGAAUUUCAUAAAUGUUCAAUAUCAAUACAAAAUCCUAAUGCAAUGCAACAAGACUAA